AUGCCCGCACCUUCCACCCUACAACCUUCUCCAGCGUCCGGUGAUCACGAAAUUUCCCCAUCAUCAGAAGAAUCCAAUGACACGGAUUUGAAUGGCACUAGUGCUUCCUUGCCCAAUCACCACAAUCUAGACAAAACACCAGAGGCUAGUUCCAUUGACCUAGCAGUGGAUGACCUUGGAAGAGGUGUGCAAGACAUUGGCCUCACUUUGAAGAAGCAUAAUGAGGCCGGGGGGUCCUUGACUUCUCGCCAUGAUCAUGGCCUGCUUAAGCGGGAAAAUUCAUUUGAAGAUGAUCGCACACAUCUUUCGACCUCUUCUACCAAAAUGACCAACUUCGACUCAAAAAGUCUCGCUUCGGUCACUACCUUCGCGAUGGAUGAAAAAGAUUCGGUGCGACCUGAUGACAGUGCCAGCGUUCAAGCCAUUGACGAAGAAGAGUCUCUAUCCGGACAUGCCUCUGGUGCGCCAAACUCAGUAGCAGGCUCUGAAGCUGGCAGUCGUGCGUUCCGCGAUGCAGUUCCCACACGUCCACGCGGCAUGUUGCCUGUUCCCGGUCCUUUGUUCAAUGGGUCUCCGGCGAUGAACGGAACAAUUCCUCCGGAUUCGGUGGCGAACAAUUUUGUGAUGCCAGCCAAUCCUGACAGUGUUCAAGAUGGUCAGAAUCUACAUGGGUUUCCUCUCGAGCCAGAUGAAAAACUUUUGGAGGCAAUGAAGUCGCCCAAAGACCGGCUUUUGAUUCUACAGCUGGAGGAAAAGAUUCGAUACUUCAUUAAGAAUUGCAACGAGCAAUCCUUGGAACUACCUCCUUCCAAUGCAUUUGGACGUCUGCUUGCUCAUAAGCUUGGAGACUAUUAUCACCUCACACAUUUCGUUGACAAUAACGUAACGUCGGUCAGGCUCCAUCGCACACCGUUCUGUCGGCUCCCUACCCCUUUGUCUGCCGUACAUGCUGCCAGCAAUACCACUCCGCCUCCAGUUAUUCCAGCAAUGAAAAUCAUGCGACGAAACGACGGGGGGCAGCUUGAUGGAAGCAUGGGAGGCUCUUCCAACCCUUCCAAGGCCAAUUCAGAAGCCGGUGACAGUGGUCCAGAUGGAGAGCGCAACGGAUCCUCUUCUGGAGCUACCCCCGCCAAAGAUCGAGCAGCCCUAACACGGGAGGAGCGUGAAGCGAAAUAUCACCAAGUACGUGAGCGAAUUUUCCGUGACUUCCCUGACUCUGCAAAGUCGGAGCCCACCAGCGGUGAGUCGAAUCACGACAUUUCACGUGCAAGUUCAACCAAUGGUCGCAAAAAGAACCAGAAGCAACGCACUCCUGUCGACGACAGUUUUGAGGUUCGUUCUCAAUUUGAAAUCUGGUACCCUGGUGUACAAUACAGCAAUGGCCCAGCUUCGUACAAUACUCCAGUCAACGACGGCUCCGCAAAUCAAGUGCCAUAUUUGGUUGGACCUGGUGUUCCUCCACCAUCUGGAGGUUACCUACCAUCUGGACAAACCGGUGCCAUCCACUCAGGCGCAGUGCCAGUUAACGGUCCUCCCCAAUAUCCAGCUGCGAUGUCACCUCAAAUGCCCCCCAAUAGCCCAUGGCAAGGUACCGGUAUGCCGCAGCAAUCUCCUUAUCCCGGAUACGGUCCAAUGAAUCAACCGGGGAUGAUGAACCAGCCACCUUCGAACGCCUCCUCGCCAGCCUUGAGUAACUAUGCUGUCCCCAACACCGUACCAUACCAGCAACCUCCCAACUGGAAUUCGGCGCCUUACCAGGCGCAUUUCCAACAGUCCCCACAGCAGCGGAAUGGACCGCCUGUACACUGGCCUAACUACCAACAUAUGCCCCCCAACAUGCAACCCAGCAUGGGUCCCAACAUGGGUCCCGGUAUGCCACCGCAUAUGGGUGCCGGCAUGGGUGGAUAUCCUUAUCACCAAUACCCCGGGCAACAUAUGAACACUGCUUUCCAGAACACCUCCGCUUCUCAUCCCAUGCAGCCUGCUUACCCACGGUCUCACUUCAACCCACAGACACGCUCGUUCGUCCCUGGUGGAAUUCCUCCUGGGCGUCACACAAGCAGACCUACUCAAAACUCGCAGUAUGGCAUCAUGCAGCCAAGUUCCCAACCACAGUGGAACGGGUAUAGUGAAGCUCCCGCCGGCCGACCCAUGGAGCCUCCCCGUAUGCCCAUGGGACCUCGAGACUCAAUCGCCAAAUGGGGAACACCAUCCCACCUUCCCCCCAAGCCUCCACCAUCAGAGGUCCCAUCCGACUUCGAUCUGAAAAAUCGAUCUGUUCCGGCGUCAGUGCCCGCGCACGUUCCAAUGUACGUCGGCAACGGUGUUUCAAAUGGACCGCUUGUCGUGUCGGGGGGUGUUGCUCUUCCGAAACAGAAUUAG